CAUGUGAUCAUGUGAUUUCUCUGACACUCACCUGCUUUCUGCCACAGGUUCGACUGGUUUUGACGUCACUCUCAUGUCUUUUUUUAGACUUGGACUUGAGGUUCUGAGGGUGUGACGGCGUCCUCAGAUCAGAUGCACACAGACACCAGGACUGACGAGGAAGAAAUGAGCAGCUUCUUCUCUCCCAGUGUUUCCUCCACACCUGAAGGUGGAAAGUGUCUGUAAGUGGACCUGAGGUGAGUUCAGCAGACUUGGACUUGAAGUUCUGAGGGUGUGACGGCGUCCUCAGAUCAGAUGCACACAGACACCAGGACUGACGAGGAAGAAAUGAGCAGCUUCUUCUCUCCCAGUGUUUCCUCCACACCUGAAGGUGGAAAGUGUCUGUAAGUGGACCUGAGGUGAGUUCAGCAGGUUUAUGAAAAGGAGCCAGAGGAACGUCUGACCUCAAAUAAUGGACACAGAAGAUGACUCAGACCUUUUGAACUUUCUCUCCAAAGUGGGUCUGAAGAAAUUUUAUCCUAACAAGAUCACUCUUCGGCCUCUCUUGGAGAUAAACAAAAACAGCGUAUCUGAUGAAACUGUUCAAUCAGUGGAAGACAUACCAUGGUGCUUUCUCAGAAAAUUAUUUAAAAUCAAUGCAGAAUGCAGGAACUGUACACAAUUUUCAAACAAUGAUGAUGAAGAGGAUGAAGUGGAGAACAAUGAUCCAUUUAAAAUUUACACAAAUGACUCCACAGAGGAUAAUGACGUUAACCCUCUUGACCUCAUAACAGCACUCUUCCUUUGUGCUGACAGCUUCUUGCAACAGGAAAUGGCCCUCAAGAUGUCAAUGUGUCAGUUUUCUGUCCCACUCGUGUUGCCCCAUGGUCAUAACAGUCAGUGUACACUGAUGCUGUGGGCUCUGAGAGACAUCGUCAAAGAGUGGCGUCCACAUGAGCUUUCUGAAUCAAGAGGGUUUGUUGAAGAGAGCAUUGUACAAGCAGAUAUACCAUUGUAUUCCUUUGUGAGACUGAAAAAUUCUAGUCUAUCCAAGUCAGAGUUUCUAAAUCACAUUCUUAGCCUUGGCCAGUACAAUAACAAUGUGUUCAUACACAGAGAGAUGGAAGGAGGAGCAGUUCAAAGAAAAAUUGCUAAUGGUUUGGUUGAGGUUUGCUGGUACCUUCCCUGUGGGAAAGGAAAUCUUGACAUACUUCCAAAACCAGUUGCGUUUGCCAACCUGAGAGGAGACAUUUGUGAGUCACCUGCACAGUUCAGCUUUCUUUUUCAAGUGUCAACUGCUACUUUUGUAUUCCUGGACAAAGUUGAAGAAGAUGAGCACAAGAUUCUGACUUCUCUUCAAGAUGUGAGAUCCAAACUGUUCUUGGUUGUUAACGGCAAGGACUUAACUAAAGAGGACAUGAUGUCCACCAAGACAACACUGAAAGAAUUAGAUUUACCAAACACCAAUGUAAAAACUAAAGAGCCAAAGAUUAAUGAUGCAAAGUUUUCUAAAACACUUUGUGGAGCCAUCAGAAAAUCUUUGACAGUUGUAAAAACUACAACAAACAUUGAAAAUAUGCUUGACAAAGCUGCUGAACUUGGUCUGUCUGUGGAUGAAUGCACAAGUGAAGAACAAAAGAAUGCAGCUGAGGAGAUUGUGAAAGGAAUUGGGGUGCAGAGUAUACCAGACUACAAGAGACGACAACUUCCUUCACAAGGCAUUAACUGGAAAAGAUUAUCACGGUUAGAAAUGGAAGAAUGCAGGUUUAAAAAAGCUGGUGAACAAGGCCUGGAAGAAUAUAAAUCUCAGCUACAGGAAGAAAAGAGAAAGAUUAAGGUAGAGCUUGGCAAACACAAAUUAUCCACAGCCAUGAAGUGUUUCAUUGAAAACUUAUCUGAAGGUGACAAAGAGAAAAGAGAUUUUUUCCUUAAGUGGUUGAAACUUAAACUAAAUUCAAAAAUUCGGCCAAUCAUUCAACAUUCUUUACUGCGUCAGAAAUUGUCACAGCUUUCCAACAAAAAGGAGAAAGAUAUCAAAGAGAUUGCAGAGUUGGAUCAGGCUUUGCUGGAAAGCUCUUUAGGAAUAGAGCAUUACAUGAGAGAGAUGGGACUGAUCUAUGAGGUUUCCUCACAGUCAAAAGACAGUGCUAAUAAAAUGUCUCAUCUCCCUGGUUUGGCUGCUGAGAUGAUGUUGGAUGGAUAUCCUUUAGAGCUCUUGGAUGGAGAUGCUUCCAACAUCCCAGAGAGAUGGGUGACAGAUGUGCUAAUGGAGCUUCACAAGAAGGUUGGAGAGAAGAGCAGACUGUUGGUACUGACUGUGUUGGGUGUUCAAAGCACCGGGAAGUCAACACUCCUCAACACCAUGUUUGGUGUGCAGUUUCCUGUCAGCAGUGGCAGAUGCACAAGAGGAGCUUUCAUGCUCUUCCUCAAAGUAGGCGAAGAUAUGCAAUCCAAGCUGGACUGUGACUUCAUAGUCCUCAUUGACACAGAGGGUCUUAAGGCUCCUCAGCUGGCACAAUUAGAGGAUAGUUAUGAGCAUGAUAACCAGCUGGCAACUUUUGUCAUUGGUUUGAGUGAUGUCACCAUCAUCAAUGUUGCAAUGGAGAAUUCAACAGAAAUGAAAGAUGUCCUGCAAAUUGCAGCUCAUGCUUUCUUGAGAAUGAAGGAAAUUGGAAAAAAGCCAGUUUGUCAUUUUGUGCACCAGAAUGUUGCUGGAGUUUCUGCUGAUGCAAAGAACAUGACUGAAAGAAAACAUCUCUUGGACCAACUUAAUGAAAUGACACAAAUUGCAGCUGAGAUGGAAAAGCAGCCUUCUAUAAAGGCAUUCACAGAUGUGCUGGACUAUGACAUAGAAAAAAACAACUGGAACAUCCCAGGACUCUGGCACGGGACCCCACCAAUGGCACCAGUGAACACAGGUUACAGUGAAGCUGUCGCAGAUUUCAAGAGAAAUAUUUUGGAGACAGUGAAAAGAGAUGAAAGCGACGAUGUUUCACAGAUCCCAGAGUUUCUAGAAUGGAUAAGAAGUCUCUGGAAAGCAGUCAAAUAUGAGAACUUCAUCUUUAGUUUCAGGAACACUCUUGUGGCUCAUGCAUAUGACAAUCUUUGCAAAGAGUUCAAUCAAUGGGAAUGGAAUUUCAAAAAAGAGAUUUUAUCCUGGCAGACAGCAGCAGAGUUAGAAAUCUCAGAAACUGACAUCAAAUAUGAUCUCCAUCAUUUGACUACAUUGGUUGAAUCACAGAAAUCACAGGCAUUGAAAAAAAUAGCAGAACAAGAAAAAAUAAUGAUUCAGAAACUAAAGGAAUACUAUAAAAGUAAAAACAGACAUGUGCAUCUGAUCGAGAAAUACAACACUGACUUUCUCAAUAGUAUCAAAAGCCUUGCAAAAGAAAUCCAAAGUUCAGCUAACAAUGGUUUGGAUUGUGCACUUGCGCUAAGAAAAAGUUCAAAAGAGGCUCAGGAAAUUCAAAGAAAACACAGAGAAGUAAUUGAAGAAAAAGUUAUGAGACUCUUGAGUGACUGCAAACACUCCACACUGUCUGAAGACCAAUUGACAGAUGAGUUUGAAAAGAUGUGGACUGAAGUCACUGUAAAUGUGCCUGGUCUGAAAGAAAAAGAUAUACCUGCUAAAAUUCUUGAACACUUCAGAGAGAAUUUCCUAAAUCGCAAUGUCAAUGAGGAAUUUCAGAACAUUACAGACCGUAAUGAAAUUGCAAGGGGUCCAUUUAAGGUCAAAACAGAACAUAUCAAAAAGACAAACGUCGUAAUAAAUAAGAUCUUACAAAAAGACAUGAAGGAAGACUUGCAGGACCGUGCAGACAGUAUCAUUGAAUCUUGUACACGGUUUAUACAUGAUACUGCAAAACCAGACAGAGACUACAAUGACUGUUUUACAAAGGAGCUUCUAGAAAAAAUAGAUGAAUCCCUUAAACUAAAAUGCAGGAAUUGUUACACACCCAAAUUUGAGAUCGACUUGAAGCUUCACAUUUGUGGCAUUGCCUCAACAAAGUUCCAUGAAAUGCACAAAAAAUUCUUGUUAGAUAGGGAUCCCAAAGUUCAGUUGAAAAAGUACAAGGAUCAGUACUUGUCAGAUUUCCUUGGUUUAUACAAACAGGGAGAUGACUGCCAACGCAAAUCAACUGAUUUUAUCAGAUGUUGUAUCAGACCUGCUAUUGAAGAGUACAUCAGUAGAUCUCUGGGAAUAGACAUUGUGGAUGAAAUUUUGACAAGUUCCCAUUCCGCAGAGUACAGUUCCCGCUCCUUUUUUCAGUACAACAUUCAGCAAGAGCUGCUGCAAAAGGAAGACUUUAAAGCUUUUGUCAAGUACAUCUGUAACUAUGAGAUAUAUGUUAAGGAUUGGAUAUUGGAGCACAUCAAACAAAAUAUGUCAAAGGAGAAAACUCUGUGCAAACUGCAAAAUAGGAAUCUCCAGGUUAUAGUUGACAAAAUAACAGAAGCAACAGAACAGGCCUCAAAAGGAGAGGAUGGGGUUCUGCUGCCAGAUAACAAGGAAAGCAUCACACACCUCAUCAACAACAUGCGCGAAUAUUUGAAAAAAGACAUCUCAGUUUCAGUGGAAGCUGAAAAAACCACCCUGUUCCAAAUCCAAAGCACAUGCCAUGCAUUUAAAAAGAGCCUCAUUAAAUCACUGAGUGAACUGAAGGAACAACUGCAGGAGGAAUUCUCAAACUCUGAAGACAUCACCGAAACUCUGCACAAACUCCCAAUCAAACCACAAGAUGUGCUUUUUAAGCAGGUGUUUGGCUGCGGACAACAAUGUCCAUUUUGUAAAGUUCCUUGUGAAGCUGGAGGCAACGAACACAAGCAACAUCAUGCAGCUGUUCAUCGGCCACAAGGACUUGGUCUUUAUAGGUAUAUAAACACUGAAAAGCUGAUUGAAAAACUGUGUACAACAGAUGUGCACAGUGAAUGUACAUUCAGAAACACAGACACUAAAUGGGAGUGGCAUCCUUACAAGAAGUACACUGACUACUAUCCUGACUGGCACAUUCCUCCAGACCGUACCAUAGAGGCAUCUGACUACUGGAAGUUUGUCCUGGUUCAGUACAAUGACAGAUUUGCUCAAGAAUACAUAGCCAAGCCAGCUGAUGUUCCAGAGGCCUGGAGGACAAUCACAAAGGAACAAGCACUGAAAGGAUUAAAAGAUGCUUUCAAUAUAAAGUGAACAAUCUAGACAAAUAUCUUCAAUCAAGUUUAAGCAUAUAAGAAUUUUUCAUACACAAAUGUACUCCAGAGAAGGUGAAAAGCAUAUGGAGACUGAAGUCUUCAGCUAUAUAAACAACUCAAAUAUUUUGUGUAUGAAAUAAUUUAAUAAUAACCAAAUACAAGAUUUUAUGUUUUAUUUUUAAGUGUAUGUUGAUUUGUUAAUGUAACUGACUUGACAGUGAAAACUUUGGGCACUGUGAACUGUGAACAUGAUCAUGAGCUUAAACAUGAGAUAAACAAAUUGCAGAGAAGAUGAAAAGCUGGAAAUAGUUUUCUGUACCACGCCUUUUUGUUUUGUUUUCUUUUAUCAAUUUUCUAUAGGCCUUUAUACAUAAUUACUGUUGUGCACAAUAUUAACAUUGUCAAUGAUAAGGGAAAUGAUGUACAGCAAAGAUCAUUCAAAAAGAGAUAAUGUUUUGUUUUUGUCUUUUUUUUUACAUAUAUGUAUAUACAUAUACAUAUGUAUAUUGACAUAUGGCCAUGCACACUAUAGCCAGUGUGCACAAUAAUGAUGAUGACAAUGAUAAUGAUUAUUUACUAUAAAGGAAAAAGCAUGGUUGAUUUAUUGCUUCAUAGUUGUAACAAGAAAGCAAAAAUUAUGUUUUUGGUCAGUAAUGAACAAAUAAUUAUACAAUGCUGACUUUUUUAUCUUUAUGUUUUACUUUUGUUAUUUUUAUCUUAUAUUAUUCUUUUUAUUAUUAUGUUUAUUAAACUAA